AGCGCAGGCAGCGCCGCGAGCAGCAGCAGUCGGAGCCGCAGCCCCAGCGAGCCGGGCAGGGCGGGCGGGCGGCCGGGGCAGCGAGCCACACAGCCGCUCCCCGCUCCCUCCUCCCCGCGGGGUGCCCGGCGGGCCGGGGGCUCUGCCUGGACCAUGCCGAUCCUCCUCUUCCUCAUAGACACGUCCGCCUCCAUGAACCAGCGGGCGUAUCUGGGCACCAGCUACCUGGACAUCGCCAAGGGCGCUGUGGAGAUCUUCAUGAAGCUGCGGGCCCGGGACCCGGCCAGCCGCGGCGACAGGUACAUGCUGGUUACCUUCGACGAGCCGCCCUACUGUAUCAAGGCUGGAUGGAAGGAAAACCACGCCACGUUUAUGAAUGAACUGAAGAAUCUUCAGGCUUCAGGACUAACAACCCUUGGUCAGGCACUCAGGUCAUCGUUUGACUUGUUAAAUCUCAAUAGAUUAGUGUCUGGAAUAGACAACUAUGGACAGGGAAGGAAUCCAUUCUUUUUGGAACCAUCUAUUUUGAUUACCAUCACGGAUGGAAACAAGCUGACAAAUACAGCUGGAGUUCAAGAGGAGCUUCAUCUUCCAUUGAACUCUCCUUUGCCUGGAAGUGAACUAACCAAAGAACCAUUUCGUUGGGAUCAAAGGCUGUUUGCUCUGGUGCUGCGUUUGCCAGGAGCCGCAGCUGCUGAACCAGAGCAGCUUGGGAGUGUGCCUACUGAUGAAUCUGCUAUCACACAGAUGUGUGAAGUUACAGGAGGUCGUUCUUACUGUGUUCGGACACAAAGAAUGUUGAAUCAAUGUUUAGAAUCUCUGGUUCAAAAAGUCCAAAGUGGAGUUGUUAUUAACUUUGAAAAGUCAGGACCAGAUCCAGCUCCUAUUGGAGAAGAUGGACUUGUUGAUUCAUCCAGGCCCAUCAAUUCAUUUGCUUCUCAACCGUGGCAUAGUUGUCAUAAACUCAUUUACGUCCGGCCUAACCCCAAAACGGGGGUUCCUGUGGGGCACUGGCCAAUCCCAGAAUCUUUUUGGCCUGAUCAGAAUUCACCAACACUGCCUCCACGCACAGCUCACCCCGUUGUGAGGUUCUCCUGCGUUGAUUGUGAGCCAAUGGUAAUAGACAAGCUUCCUUUUGACAAGUAUGAGCUUGAGCCUUCACCCCUAACACAAUACAUCUUGGAACGAAAGUCUCCUCAUACCUGCUGGCAGGUGUUUGUGAGUAGCAGUGGAAAAUACAGCGAACUUGGUCAUCCUUUUGGGUAUUUAAAAGCAAGCACUACUUUAACCUGUGUAAACCUCUUUGUGAUGCCUUACAACUAUCCUGUUUUACUUCCCUUGUUAGAUGACUUGUUUAAGGUUCACAAACUUAAGCCAAAUCUGAAGUGGCGACAGGCUUUUGACAACUACUUAAAAACAAUGCCUCCUUACUACUUACUGCCAUUAAAGAAAGCCCUAAGGAUGAUGGGAGCUCCAAAUCUGAUAUCAGAUAAUUUAGAUUGUGGACUUAGUUACAGUGUUAUCUCUUACCUUAAAAAACUCAGCCAACAGACAAAAAUAGAGUCGGAACGGAUAAUAGGUUCAGUGGGUAAGAAAGUACCACAAGAAAUUGGAAUAAAAGUGAAAAACCACUCCAGUGGCCUCUCCUUGGUACACAGUAGGGAUUUUAAGCAACUGCUACAAGGGAUCACUGGGGAAUCUCCACUGAGACUGGCGGAAAUGAAUGUUAAAGAAUUCGCUGGCUUCCACAUAGGACUGUUAAACAAGGAUUUGAAGCCUCAGGCAUUCAGAAAUGCUUAUGAUAUUCCUCGUCGCAGUCUUCUGGACCAGCUCACUAGAAUGAGAACCAAUCUUCUGAAAACACACAGGCUUAUCUUGGGGCAGGAUGAAGACUGCCUUCACAGUGUUCCUGUUGCUCAAAUGGGGAAUUACCAGGAAUACCUGAAAAUGAUGCCUUCACCCCUUCGGGAGAUUGACCCAGACCAACCAAAAAGACUUCAUACAUUUGGCAAUCCAUUUAAACAGGACAAGAAGGGUAUGAUGAUAGAUGAAGCAGAUGAAUUUGUUGCUGGGCCUCAGAAUAAAAUCAAGCGUCCUGGAGAGCUCAACACUCCAGCGUCACUGAAGAGAAGGCGAAGCAUGUCACCACUGCUGAGACGGCCACAGUCACCGCCUGUCGUCACCAACCAUGUUGGUGGGAAAGGGCCACCAUCUGCUGCUGGAUCCCCAUCCUAUCUGAACCUCAAAGGUGUCCCAGCAAAUAAAGAUACCAAUAACAGUGUUGUCCAAGAUGGCAAUGGAGAGAAGAAAGCAGAGAACUGUCAGUCACUGGAAAAGCAGAUGGAUGGCUUACCUGUGCAGAUGGGUCCUUCGGUUCCAGCUGCUAUGGGAGAGGAUGAAGUAUUACCUAAUGACUUGGACUCUAUACCUGUCGAAUUCAAUUGUUUAAGUGAAGAUGGAUUGGAUCAUAAAGCGGGUCCCAAUGCACUUGUUCGAGGGCCUCUAAAUUGCAGCAUGCCUGGAGAGGACCAAAAACGGGCCAUGGAGUCUACUUCGGAGUCUGUGCCAAAUUCAUUUAAGAUAACCCCUAUGAUGCUGGAGGGAAACAAUGCUGAUAUCAAAAUUAAAGUGAUGAGAGAGGUUCGCAAACCUGGAAGAAACUAUGAAAAAAUUUUCUCUCUCCUUGAGGAGGUGCAAGGACCUAUGGAAAUUCAGAAGUAUUUCAUUGAAUUUGCUAUCAAGGAAGCAGCAAGGUUUAAAAAACGGGUCUUAAUACAACACUUAGAGAGAAUACUAGAGGAACUAGAGUUCAACAGCCUACCCAACAGAGUUAAUCAUGUCAACAGUAGAUAAUAAUGUACCAGCUGGACGGAUAUGGACCAGGAAUGAGUUUGCUGUGCCACAGAAGAGUGGAAGAGGAUGUCGCUGCCGCCCUCACCAUCUUGGCAGUCAAGUGAUUUUACUGUCACAGUCUGAGAAGAAGCAGUGGAGCUUUAACUUUAAGAACCUCUAUCGGCAGAAGCUGGGCUAUAACCUUAAGGAUUUGCUAUGAAAGGUGUGGCUUUUUUCCUGUGGAGGGUGCUAUUUGCUCAACAGGCUGAAGAAAAUACCCAUUGCUGCCCCUCCUGCAGGUGAUGAGAAUUUACUCAUUUGAACGCUGUCAUUAGACAUUUACGUGCUAUAGGCAGCAGGUUGCACUAAAAAUGGGGCACUAUCAAAUGUACACACUGUCUGCAUCGUGGAGAGAGCCCGUGUUCCCAAAAAAAAACCCUCCCAGAAACACCUGCACUGGUAAAAUUGCAUGUUGCCACCACAGAGACAAGGGUCUUGUUCCCAAGAACUGCUAGCCAUGCCUUUAAACUUGAGAUUCAGUGUAGAUUGAGAGUAAAGAAACUGCUAUUGUGUUAAUGAAAGCUAAAGACAGCCCUGUGACUGUUACCACCUGCUGGUCACUAAACAAUCUACCUCAGACUCUCUUCUGUUUUGUCUGCAGACAAAGUGCACCUGAGGCUUCCCAGGUCCCCGACUUCAGUUCUCUUUCAUCCUGUGAGGAGGACGGAGACUCUUCAGGUGGCCUUGGCACACGCUGUGCUUUGGAAGCACUAAAAGGAAACGCUUUUAACAAACCGUGUAUUUUAAUGUUCAUACAAAAGAGAUUAUUUUGAACAGUAUUGUUACCAGAUCACUAAUUUGCUAUUUUAACUGUAUAAAUUUUUUUGGAACAUAUGUAUAUAUAAAAUAAACCAUUUUAUUAAUUUUUAAGAA